AUGGGAAUUGUGCUGUUCAGGAAGAUAGUUGUGGAAAGAAGGUCCACUUAUCACCAAAGUUCCCGAUUAGACCUUCUCAAUAUCGGCAAAGGAGCCAGCCAGCUAGAGGCGUUGCUCCGAAGAACGAAGACCACUAAUCCUUUCUCUGGGCAAUCUUCUCGGGGAAGCCAUUCACUCGACGUCUUCAUCCGACGCAGAUGCUCGUCGGACAUGCAUACACGAAGCCUUCAGACGGCCUCUGCUCUCUCUUCUGAUGGCGUCGUGACGUGUAUUCUGCACAAUGGCCGAGGCGAGACAGUGGGCCGAACGCGGAGGGCGUCUGAGAUAACCGGGCGCUCUAGAGGCACAGCGCGUCAGAUGACAUUCGACUGUGUGCUGACUCGCGUCCCACACUCCCGCAAUACAACAGCCAGCCGAGCCCUCCGUCCGAUUCCAACCGAGCAAUCGAUUCGGUCGAUGGCUCCCCGUCGGAUCCGUCCGACGUGACCUCUGGCAGAUGCGAGACACGUCUGCUUCUUUUUUUUUUCUUCUCCUUCGACGUGGAGUCGUUGAAGAGGAAUGAAUCGAGUGAAGAUGCAGUGGAGGGAAGAACGACCUUUGAAAGGGCCGUGUUGGCAUGAUUCUCGAAAAUAUUCUUCUUUUUUCGGUCGAGGAAAAGAUAUUUGAUCUGAAUUGACUUAGAAAAAAGCCUUCAAAAGGAAAAAACUGUCUUUUUUCAAGGUAGAUAUGAUGACUAGAGUAUGAAUCAAGGGUGAUAAGCCUUAUUAUCAGAUAAGGUACUCUACUACGAUUUUCAAUUGGGUUGAGCUUCAGAAGGGAAUUAUUAGAAUGAUUCAUGUCAGUUAUUAAAUUGUGAUAGUGCAGAUCAGAAGGAAAAAUCUGUAAAAAAAAGCAAUGAAAAUGAGGAGCAAGUCAAAAAAGGAGAUGAUGGAAAACUGUCCUGUUUCAAAAACUUUUUUCAAAGGUCUCGGAAAAAUGAGUUUUCAUGCAGUGAUCCUUUUGAGCACCUGGUUUUUUUUUCUAUCAUGAUAGUGAACUAUAAAAGAAGGCUAGAGCUGUGAUUCAGUCACCCCUAGCUAUAAAAAGAGGUUCUUAUGCUGACUAAAUUAAAAAAAAAAUGAACAAGCCGAAUGAAUUUUAUUUCCAAUAAUCACAGUCCGAAAAAGAAAAAAAGUUUAUUUUUAUUUUUUCGAGUUCCCUGAUCUUAAAUAAAACUUCUCAAUACUCCCAAGCUCUCAGAAACGAUCGAAUUAGCAUGAAACGAAGAGGAAGAACAAACUUAUCAGCGAGAAACUUUCCCACGAGAUACGACGACGGAAGAGCCAACCAACGUGGGCAACGUCAUGCGACGGAGGCCGAUUUUUUCGCGUCAACAACUCGCCGACGACAACGCCGACGACGACGACGAUGCCGCGGCGAACGAAGGAGAGAAGGGGAAAAACGCGUGUGCAAACACACAGACACGGCCAUCGUGGCGCUGA